AUGAAGCUGCCAAUGAUACUCGUGGCCUUUGGCCCUGCCCUCAUCCUAGGUUUUCUAGUUUCCUUCACUCAGGCGUUUGACAAUCCUUUUGAAUACGGAACCCGUCCUGAACCUGGUCAUCUCUCUGGUGUUGGCCCUCGCGAUUCACCUCCGGAUUAUGGGCCACCGAGCUAUGGUUACGGAUAUCCGCCUCCAUACCAGUACGAGACUUCAACUUCGACCGCAACUUUGAUCAUCAGCUCGGGUUCUUCUACUUUUUUGACUUCGGCGACUACCAUCAGCCCAGAAGCUCUGACCGUCACCGACCAGCCUCCAUCGACAAGUGACAAAUACACCACAUUGACCUACGCUUCAACUGUAACCAGGUCGGCAGGCACCAAGUCUGGACUCCUGGGUGAGAAGCUCGGCGUUGGGAGUGACAGGGGCUUCGACUUCUUCCAGUUCCACAGAAUGGGAGCAUUCGUCUUCUACCGAGGACGGAGCAACCAACUCCGAAUCCGUGACCAGCCCAAGUUCCCUUUCGAGUCACACAUCUGCUGUCACAGCUACGUUGACAUCAGACACGGCCAUAAAGACCAAUACCUUGAUCUCGAACGCUGA